AUGGUCGGCCCAGGCGGUGGUCCACCACGCAAGAGUCAUACCAAGUCCCGGACCGGUUGCAAGACAUGCAAGAGAAGACACAUUCGAUGCGAUGAGACCUUCCCGCAAUGCCGCAAUUGUACAAAGCACAACUGCCGCUGUGACUAUCAGGAUGCGGCCACUUCACGGGCUAGUCCCCCCGCGCCGCGCCGCGGGCCGGACCUGCUCAGUUCGCCAGAUAUUGAAAUGGAAAUCGACAGUUGGCAUCGUACGGGCUUGCCUCCGUAUCCAGAACUCUUGCAGUGUCCACGAUCCGGAUGGUCUGGCUUGUCGCGGACGGAUCUGCGCUUGAUUCAUCAUAUCAUUGGACUUUCGAUUGAUUUGCAUCGUCGAGGGUUGAGUGGUUGCACGGUUUGGGCCCAGAAAAUGCCCAAUUUCCUGGCUAUCGCGUUGGGCAGCGAAUUCGUUAUGAGCUCCAUCUUAAGCUUUUCGGCAUUUCAUCUGGCUUUUCUUACACGGGAUCAAGAGACUAGGCAACUGGCUUUCCGUCAUAAAGUUACGGCUCUCCAGGGCCUGCAGACCGCUCUAGGGUCCUUCUCGAAGGAGAACUGCGAUGCCAUUCUCGCAGCUUCCGUGCUUUUAUCAUGGCAGGCGACAGAACAUCAAAGUUGGGUGUCUCUGCAACACGGCAUCUCCAGCGUCCUAGAGUCAAUGCAUCCAUACUGGAAGCAAGAGUCAGAUCUGGCACAGUUUAUAGAGAACCAACGAGCACUGAGCACAGCAGAUCUUUCAAUGGCCGGUGUCUACCAACCCCUCGAUGAAGACAUGGUAUAUCUAGAUCAAACAAUUCAGGCCUUGCGAAUGACCCAGGGACGCAUUUCCCACAACCUCGAGCACUCCCAACGCUUAGGAGAACUCAUCGAAUUCACCCAGAAAUUCCGUGAUGACUUCCCCAACCAGACAACCGAACAAUCGUUUGAAAGCAUCCAAACUCUCCGCCGCUGGCUCUUCUGGCUCCCGCCAUCUAUGCUCCGAAGCACCGAGUCAGAAGUCAGCACCCUCCCAAUUUUAGCCCAAUUCUUCGCCGUCAGCAUCGUUCUCGAUCGCUUUUUCCCAGACUUAGGUGGCGCAUAUUUAGGCGCUCUAUCCAUCAGUCCGAUCGAGGAGAUGUACCGCAUAAUAGCCACCCACAACGCCGCAGGCCCCUUCAGCACUGACCUCCGUCUACCGCUGGAGCUCAUGGACCUGCCUCGCAGAGUUGUCGCCCGCUAUCGCAGCCGUCUCUCCCUCCCUUGGUCUCCCCGCUCAUCAGUCGACCACUACUCUCCUGGCCCACCCAGUCCUUUCCACCACGCGAUACACGAGUACCCGCUCGUCACUUCUUCCUCGCCUGCUUCCACUUCGCCAGCCUACACCUCGCCUUCGUACGCCUCCCCGUCUUAUGCUGCUUAUACCCCGCCCUUGCAUUCCCCUCCUGCCGUCAACAUUGCCAAUUCGCCUUUCCCCAUCCAAGACGGCUAUGUCUCCGCCGCACCUUCGCAUUCCCUAUACCCGCCCUCUCCACAACUCCUCGAUAACCAUGAUGUACACCUUGGUCUCUCGGAUCUGGGUCAUAGCCACACCCAUUCCCACCAUAACUCUAUUCCUCAUUCCGUGGCUUACACACCACCGUAUGGGGGUGAGGCGCUGUGUACUGAUUUACCGCGCGCGGAUGGCACACUCGGUCUCAAUAUGGAGGUCUAUCCGCAGACACAUCCGUUCGAAAUGCCGGGCUUGGCUGCUCCCGCUUCACUUUGGACUUGA